GAGAUACCAAAAGCGCUUCGGACAAUCCCUCCUUUGUCACUCAUUGUACUCCAAAACGCCUUCCGACAAUUCCAUCUCUCUCUCUCUCUUUUUCAUUGGCACAGAAAAGCUUAUAUAUAUAUGUAUAUAUAUAUUCACACCAAAAGAAAAAGAUGCUUUCCUCUGCAACAAUUGCUAAGCUCUAAAGCAAAACAGGGAGUCUCAAGUUUUGUUUGGGUUUUGUGUUUUGUUGUGUCCUGUUACCUCUGUGCAAUCCCUCUUCUUGGAAGGCGCUUUUUCAGCUCGAAACCUCGUCGUUUUGUAUAUCUUCUUCUGCCGGGCUUUUACUGCUUUCUCCUUUCACGUUCUUCGAGAUUCAAACACUCACCAUUGCUUUUUUAAAACGCAUACUAUAUUUUGCAGGUGAUUUUCGAUUUUUGGGUCCUCUGCUUUUGAGUUUCCCGCUCUAUGUUUUGUACAAAAACACUCUCUUUUCUUUUGGGUUUCUAUUGUUUUGAUCCAUUGCGGAAAUUGGGCUUUCUUUUUUCUUGUUAUUCUUUCUUUAUUUUUUAUUUUUGAUAGUGGGAAUAGUGAUUUUUGGUGGAAUUCAUUCUCUUUUUCCCAGCAAAAGUAAAAGAUGAAUGCCAGAGUCCGCGGCAGCAUUCAAACCGUCAAAGUUCUUAAUCAUGACAAGAAGGUGAAGAAGUUAGAGAGUGGGAGGAGCAAGACGAUGGGGAAUGACAAAUCUGGGACUAUCAUAAAUCGGCGCAAAUUAAACAGAGAGAGAAAAAUAGCAUUGCUACAAGAUGUUGAUAAGCUGAAGAAGAAGCUCAGACAUGAAGAGAAUGUUCACAAGGCAUUAGAAAGAGCUUUUACUAGACCUUUAGGAGCUCUCCCUCGUCUUCCUCCAUAUCUUCCUCCUUAUAUACUAGAACUUCUCGCUGAAGUAGCUGUUUUAGAGGAAGAGGUUGUUAGGCUAGAAGAACAGGUUGUGAAUUUCAGACAAGGACUAUAUCAGGAAGCUGUGUAUGUAUCAUCUUCUUCUAGGAAUUCAGACAUUUCCACAGACACAAUGGAGCCUAUCUCAACAAGAAUUUCGAAGCAUCGGAGAACGAAGUCGUAUUGCCAAAAUGAGUUUAAUUCUGCAAGCUCAACAGCCAGGAUGCAGCCUUCACUGGCCAGAUGUUCUUCGAGUCGAAAGUUAUUGUCGAACGACAACUUCUUUGAUCGUAAUGGUAACUGUUCUAACAGGUUUGCCAAUGGGAAACAUGUUCCUGGGAAAUCGAGUUCCUUUUUAUUUCUUCCAGAAGAUGGACUGGGAAAAGAGAAUCAAUCAUAUGCAAAUACUGUGAAAAAUAGGCCAUCUCCUGAAAAGAAAGUUGAUAGAAUUAUAAGCCCAUUGAAGAAGUCGCCUCUAAAGCAAGAGUUUUUGGAGAAGAACUCAAGUCCUAUGAAGUCUCAGCUGGAGUUUAGAUUGGAACGAGAAAGAGCAAAGGACAAUUCAUCUAAUUUGUCUGAUGAUAUAGAGGCUAGUUGCUCACCAAGCAAAAUUUCUGAAGACAUUGUGAAGUGUUUAUCAUCCAUUUUCAUAAGACUCAGUUCAUCAAAAGACAAAGCUAUGGACUCAUCAGAUACUCAUACAUCAAAUGGACCUGCAGAGUUGCAAGAUCCUUAUGAUGCUUUUUCAGAUUUCAAACCUAGGAACAUUGGUCCCUAUAGACAUCUCUGUGCAAUUGAAGCCAGUUCCGUGGAUCUUGACCGAUCAACUAACGCAGUUUUUCUAAUUCAUAGGCUCAAAAACUUGUUCCGGAGACUUGCCUCGGUGAACUUGGCAGGUCUUAACCAUCAGGAGAAGCUAGCUUUCUGGAUCAACACCUACAAUUCCUGCAUGAUGAACGCAUUUUUAGAGCAGGGGAUACCUGAGACUCAUGAAAGAGUUGUAACAUUGAUGCAAAAGGCAACAAUUGUUGUGGGAGGACACCUUCUGAAUGCAAUAACAAUUGAGCAUUUCAUCUUGAGACUUCCUUAUCAUCUGAAGUUCACCUGCCCAAAAGCAGUAAAGAACGACGAGAUGAGAGCACGCAGUGUGUUUGGAUUGGAAUGUUCCGAACCUUUGAUUACGUUUGCUCUCUGUUGCGGAAGCUGGUCGUCUCCCGCUGUGAGAGUGUACACAGGAUCUAAAGUUGAAGAGGAGUUAGAACUAGCAAAGAGGGAAUAUUUACAAGCAGCAGUUGGGAUUUCAAAGACAAACAACAAAUUGAUGAUUCCAAAGGUUUUGGAUUGGUAUUUACUUGACUUUGCAAAGGAUUUGGAAUCAAUGUUGGAUUGGGUUUGCUUGCAACUUCCAAAUGAGCUGAGAAUUGAAGCAGUUAAAUGCCUUGAGAGGAAAGGAAGAGAGCCUCUCUCACAAUUAGUACAAGUAAUGCCAUAUAAUUUCAGCUUCAGAAUGCUCUUACACAGAUGAAAGAUUAACUAUUUCAUCUUUAUUUAUUUAUUUAUUUGGUUUGUGUUUUCAGUCCUUCAAUCCUCAAUGUUCUCUGAAUGUUGAAUGUGCUGCCGAGUUUAUAUACUAAACAUAGAAGACACAGUUACAAUAUAGAAUAAAUAUACAUAGCAUAGCUAUAAACUUGGGGAUUUGGGGCAGUUUAUAGUUUUUACUUAA